AUGGAAGACAAGCARCARMARCGUAUUAUUACUGAGCCGUUAGAGCUGCAAGAUCAAAAUCAACYGCAUGUGGURUCGGUUGAAAGCCGAAAGAAGCGCAGAAGGAAUUGUUUGGUGGCGAUUUUGAUCUUGUUGGCGGUGACCUUGAUAGUAGUGGCGAUCGUUGUGCCACUUGUCCUGGUGAAUAGCGAUGAAACGUCAGAUAUAACGCCGAAGACUGGUGAUUCCAAGGCUACAACAGCCACUCCAACACCUUUUUUCUCAGGUUGGAGCUACUGGACUUUUUGCAGUGUUACAUGCGGUAACGGAACCCGAAGGCGCACGCGUCGAUGCACUACAUGUGACGUCACUGAAGAAACGAAGCCUUGCUACAAGGUAGCGUGCAGUGAGCCUGCUAACUGGGAACAAUGGGGUCCGUGGUCAUCCUGCAGUAAAACAUGCUCAGUUGGGACGCAGUAUCGUAGUCGCAAUUGUAGUGAAGCAGAAAUCAAGUGCGUUGGUGAUGGACAGCAAACAAGAGGUUGUACACUUUUACCAGUUUGUCCAGCAUCAGAUUGUUUAGCUUGGCUACGAUCAGGAAACACUUCGAAUGGUGUGUACUCAAUAGAUCCUGAUAAACAAGGACCUUUCUCUGUCUACUGUGAUAUGAUAACGGACGGUGGGGGGUGGACUGUGUUUCAGAGACGUCAAAAUGGAUCUUAUCUUGARAAUUUCUACCGCAACUGGGAGGAUUACAAGAAAGGUUUUGGGAACCUGACUGRUGAGUUUUGGUUAGGGAAUGACAACAUUCAUCGGUUGACARCUUCACUCAAUAUGAGUCUGCUUGUAAACAUAGAAGACUGGAGUGGCGUCCAUCACAACGCAUCGUAUCGUAUCUUUAACGUCGCUAGUGAGAAUUCUAACUAUACUUUAACCGUGCGGCAGUAUUCAGGUAAUGCAGGAGACUCGUUAAGRGAACACGACGGAAKGGAAUUCACCACAAAAGAUCGCGAUAAUGACAAGGAAGUAGCCUCGAAUUGCGCUGUAGGAUACCAUGGCGCAUGGUGGUACAACAAGUGUUACAAAGUAAAYCUYAAUGGUAAAUAUGUUGGGAAUAAACAAGAUCAAAACGGAAUCGUAUGGCUUACAAUCACAAAUAACUUUCAGUCGAUGAAGGCAACAGAGAUGAAACUACGUCCUUGGCCAUGAUUGGUUUAGGGUGCACUAUAACAUUGUAUAAGAGUGUCUUAGUUAUUGUUCACGAUCCUGAAAGAUAGUAGCMCCUUUACACAUCUUAAUCGGUUUUACCUAUUUGUGUAGAUAGAAGCCAUUGUUAUCCCCAGUUUGUUUUUAAUUGUGUCAGUAUACGUUAAAAACUAUGACAACGGACAAUGGAGACGUAUAAUUAACAACUUAAAGUUAAUAUAUACUCGGAAAAAAAGCUGGGAUUGACCGAGUAACCAAAGUAGCAGACGGCRCGUCGUGGUAAAAAAACUAUUCCUUCGCGAAAUUUUGCAAACUCUCUAAGAUGAAACCUUUAUAACACAGUUUUGAGGUGUUUUUGCGACUUUUGCUUGUUUGAUCAAGUUUGAUUACUUAAAAUUCYGGAGAAUAAAAACAGACGAUGUCCAUUAUAUAAA